GUUUAGCCAUGAGCAUGAGUAUCAUGAAUCCAUCUAGUUUCACACUUCUUAUAUUUUCCUUUACUUUGGCUUUGGCGCUCGCUAUGCUUUCCUUGAGAUCCAAGAAACCAAAAGGCCAGCUUCCUCCGGGCCCACAGGGAUGGCCGAUCGUAGGGAACUUGUUCCAUACGAUCAUGAACCGACCGGUUCACGUGUGGAUCCACCGUUCCAUGGAGGACAUGCAAACGGAGAUAGCUUGCUUCCGCUUCGCCAGCGUCCACGUCAUCACCGUAACCUCAAGCGAGAUCGCCCGAGAAGUGCUUAGGGAAAAAGACGAGGCUCUUGCAGACAGAACACAGUCGUACUCGAGCAAUCUCAUUAGCGAUGGCUACAAAGAAGUUGCUUUCUCUUCCUACGGAGAGAGUUGGAAGCUGAUGAAGAAAAUGAUGACCACAAAACUAAUGUCUCCGACAACAUUGAACAAAACCCUCGGUGAUAGAACCCUCGAAGCGGAUAAUAUCGUCACGUAUGUUUUCAAUCUACCCCGACAAGGAUCCAUUAACGUGAGAGAUGUUGUCUUAACGUAUUGCCAUGCCGUCAUGAUGAGGAUGAUGUUUGGCCAGAGGCAUUUCGAAGUAGCGGCUGAGGAUGGAGGUCUCGGGCCAAAAGAGAAAGAACAUGUGGACGCAAUUUACCGAGCUCUUGACUGUUUUUUCAGCUUUAAUGGAGCGAAUUACAUACCUUUUCUUAGAGGAUGGAACAUCGAUAACAAAGAGGCAGAGGUCAGAGAAGCGGUUGAUAUCCUCAACAGAUGCAACGACCCGAUCAUCCACGAGAGAAUGGAAUUGUGGAGGACGAAAGGUGGAAAAGAGACGGAAGAAGAUUGGCUCGAUAUUCUCAUCACGCUAAAAGAUGACCAAGGAAUGCCUUUGUUCACAUUUGAUGAGAUUAGGGCUCUGUACAGGGAUAUCAAUGUUGCAACAAUUGACAAUCCGAUGAACAACGUGGAGUGGACGAUCGCAGAGAUGUUGAAUAAUCCUGAGAUUCUUGAGAAAGCCACUAAUGAAUUGGACGUGGUAGUUGGCAAAAACAGACUCGUGCAAGAAUCAGACAUACCACAACUCAACUACAUCAAAGCUUGUAGUAGAGAAUCUUUCCGGCUUCACCCUACUAAUGUUUUCAUGCCUCCUCAUGUAGCCCGACAAGAUACUACGCUUGCUGGUUAUUUCAUUCCCAAAGGUAGUCAAAUUCUUGUGAGCCGUAUAGGGCUUGGUCGCAAUCCUAAUAUCUGGGACGAGCCUAACAUGUUCAAGCCAGAGCGCCACCUUGCUGACCAUGUUGGAAACUCAAUGGACGUGACUUUGAUGGAGCCUGAGAUGCGGUUCGUAAUAUUCGGCAGUGGUCGACGUGCCUGCGCAGGUACUAAAAUUGGGACAUCUAUGACUAUAAUGUUGCUAGCCAGACUUCUCCAGGGGUUCGAAUGGACCCUCCCUAAUGAUACAAGUCAAGUCGAGCUUGUUCCGGCGGAUACUAACUUGUUCAUGGCCAAACCUCUACUUGCAUGUGCGAAACCUAGGCUGACUCCAACUUUGUACCCGAAAAUUCAGGUCUAAAAUUCGGAGAACUUAUUCGCUGGAAAGAACUAUCGAGAUAUGUUAUAAUUGAAAUAAGGUUUAGUGUACUACUAAAAGCAUAUAGUCUAAUUAAUACUUACGUUGUACUCUUUCGUCAUCUUUUUAAUCCAAUAUUGC